AUUUGUUUCAAUUUAGAGAAAUAGAUUAAAAUUCUGAUGAAGAACUUUUCAAAUGUUUAUUCAUCCCUAGUCGACCUUGCACACUGUUGCUGCUCCCGCGAUAUACGAGCGGCAGCCAUACUAUCCUACGAAAACCACACAAUACAACCCUUUUUCUUCGUACCUACAAAAAAGGCAAGUCCGUGUAGCUAUGGCAUUUUCUAAUGCUUGACUCGAAAAUUCUGAGCUUGUCUCAGGGGAGGACAAACUGUUUGCCUGGUCAAGAAUGGCGCAACACGUAUCCUACCUAGCCAAACUUGGACGACCCAGGCCAGCUUUGGCUCAGAUUUGAAGCUACAAUAGCUAGCAAAAUUGAGUCAAAUGUCUCGAAAUUGAUCCGAACUGAAAUAGUUUCUGACAUUUUGUCAACCCUUGAAGAAAUUGGCGUUUUGCAAACUGUGUUUGAAAGCAAAACUGAUAGCAGUCCGAGAAAGUUGUCACAUAGUAACAAGACGACUCAACUUUUUAUUUGCAAAACAGUCCCUGCAUUAGAUGGAGUAGUAAGUGUUAGAGCUCCAAAGUAAUCUUUGCGUUUUAUUAGCAAACCUCAGAGAAAGACUUUACGACCGCCAUAUUGGUUCUCAUUCCGAGAGAUAUCAACUUGGAAGAAAGAUUUCUCAGCUAAAUAACUCUGAGACACAAAUCUUGGCGAAGUUAUACAUAAAUCAGUCGUAUUUAUUGAAAAGUCACGACUUCUUUUAUUCUUGAUGGCAUGUCAGUGCAAACCAGCAAUUAAACACAAGACAAUUUUGAUAUCCCCAGGGGGGUUCACCCAUCCCCCUUAACUCCCCUUGUGCCACUUGGGGGAGGGAUGGAGUAGGAAUAAAACCAAACCCUACCUGCGGGUUAAUGUCUGUUUCUUGUCUACUAUAUUGCUAUAUAUAGGGAGUUCGAAGAAGUAGAAACGAAAACCCCUUUUUGCCCACCAUUUAGACUAACAGUCUUGUUCGUUUUUCCAUCCACCGAGCUACCUAUGUAAGUAAGUUUGGGACAGAGAGGGGCAAGGGCUUGGGGCUUGCCCAAUAGUGUACCCAAGUAGAUCGAUAGAAUGAGGGUUUUCUAAAAUUCAUCUCGACGCUAACAAAGUUUGAGUCUCAGAUUUUCAAUAUAAACAGUUAAUUCUGGAUGGGUACACUAAGUAUUUCAAAUGGCUUUUAUUCUCCGAUAGAUUUGGCUGUUGCUCUGAAAGGAAUGGCGUUACCACUGCUCAUCCCUCUGUUGCCACUUAUGCUUACCGGGAUCACGGUCUCCUCCGCCAGCAACGUAAGUUGCACUGGCUGCUCGCCUCCUAGUGAGUGCAAUGCAGCUGGAAACUGCACAAAUUAUUGUACUGGGGGUGGAUGUAGCAUGACUUGUUCGCAGAAUGUAAAAUAUUGCGAUCAAAUUUGCACGGGUGGAGGAUGCAACAGCAAUUGUGACGCUGAAAGGUGCAACCUUCUGUGCACUGGGGGUGGAUGCAACAUGACCUGUCCACCAAGCGUAAAAGAUUGCCAUCUAAUCUGCACAGGUGGGGGAUGCGACUUCAAGUGCGAUGCCGACAACUGUAAACAAGAUUGUCCUGGAGGUUGCAUGAACACUAACUUGCCAAAUGGCGUAACAUGCUCUGGAGGAUGCGUUGCCUCCUGUGAUGCUGCAAAAUGCACGCUUGGCUGCACUGGGGGAGGAUGCGACAUGACCUGCCCACAGAGCGUCAACAGUUGCGAUCAAGUUUGUACUGCUGGAAGCUGCGACAGUACCUGUGAUUCUGAAAAGUGUAUGCUCGGUUGUACUGGGGGUGGAUGCACCAUGACCUGUCCAGCUGGCGUAAAAGAAUGCCAUCUAAUCUGCACCGGUGGGGGAUGCCACUUUAAGUGCGAUGCCGAAGACUGCAAGCUAGAUUGUCCCGGUGGUGGAUGCACCAGGGCGACGUCUUCUUCCAGUAAAGUGGGAGUCUCAGCCGUUUUGUUUUUUGUAUUUGCAUUGGCUACUUUUGUGUAAAACUUGAAAGUUCGUCUUUUAAUGCAAUUUUAAUGCAAUAAUUCAACUCAUUUUCUUAUGAAAGUUCAUCUUUUUUGAGGUGCAGUACGGUCAACACUGAAAGAGAGGUUUUGUCAUCAUUCGAAAAGAAAUUUCUUAAAGAUACACUGUCGCUCAGUAAAAUGAUAUGCUCCUAACACAGCAAGUUAAUAAUUUUCGUCAAAUUCGGGAUGAUACAAGGUCGGGCUAAUACUCUUCGAGAAAGGUCUUUGCACUCGGCUAAUAAGAUUUACGUACCUGUGCAAAGAUUCAACCACAGUAUGAUAUCUUUUGAUGUCCAUAAUAUUCGCUUUGAUUUUAAAAAUAAUUCUAUUUACAAGGCUAAAAGAGGUUAAAAGGUAAGAAAUACCGAACGCUUUCGACACUAGGUCAUCUUCAGGGUAAGUGAAGACCGUCCGCUAAUUGUGCAUUUAAUAUAUCAGUUACGUAAUUCCCGAUGGGAACAGUUUCUCAACCUAUCUGUAGCAAUGAACCAGGGGCACCCAACGGAUCGUUUCGGUAAAUUAUCUGUUCGGAAGGCCUUUAAUCCCCACUGAUUUUCUGAAAAGAAUUGUCACCUCGAACUUUCGUGAUAUGAGAUAUUUAAUGUCUAUUGUUUUCGAAUUGUAAAAAAUGUCGUUUGGAGUACCGAAAAAAGGUCAGCUAUCAUUUUCGGACAGGCGAUAAGACCUAAGCUUUUCAGGGAAUGGACAAA